AUGGCAUCCUUCUCCAAAUCAAUCGCGAUCAUCGCCGGAGCUGGGCCGGGAACCGGAGCGUCCAUCGCCCGUCGCUUCGCGAAGGCAUAUCCCGUCGUGCUCCUCGCGCGCAGUCAAGCGAGCCUCGACCCUCUGGUCCAGGGCAUCAAUCAGGAUGGAGGAUGCGCCAUUGGCAUCCCGGCCGACGUCACCAAUGCGGGGAGUCUAAACGCCACCCUGAAGCAGAUCGAGCAGCAGUUCGGAUCCGAUCUGACGGUGUCGGCGGCCGUCUUUAACGUGGCUAGCAAAUUCACGCGCGCGCCAUUCCUGGACUCCGGCGCAGAGUUCCUGGAUAGUCUCGAGGCGACUGCGCGGGGGGCCUCGAAUUUCUCCCAGGCAGUGUUGCCGUUGAUGUUGCGCGCGGUGUCACAGGCAGAGUUGCGCCAUCCGCCGACGAUGAUAUUCACCGGUGCAACGGCCGCCAUGAAAGGGGGUCCCGGCUUGGGUUCAUUUGCCAUGAGCAAAUUCGCGGUCCGGGCGCUCUCGCAAUCGCUAGCGCGCGAAUUUGGUCCCAAGGGCGUCCAUGUUGCUCAUGCCAUUAUCGACGGGAUCAUUGCGACAGAGAAGACGAAGGAUUAUAACAAAGACACGCCGGAUGCCAAGAUUGAUCCCAACUGGAUCGCUGAGACGUACUGGUUCUUACAUACCCAGCCCCGGUCGAGCUUUACCCAUGAACUUGAUCUCCGACCUUACUGCGAAAGCUGGUAA